UGGUGCUUAUGGAGGAAGAAGUUUCGGUGAUUAUCAAGCCGGAGGCUAUGGGGGAAAUUAUAGUAGUGUCCAUGCUUCUGAAAGUUGAGUCCAAUGUGCUUGGUGUUAUGACCAAUGACAGGCUGAAAUCGCCGCUAAUAAGAGAUUUUGGAUCAAGUGAACAACAAAAAGCCAAACAAGCCCAACUUGACUUGAUCCUGGAAGCCAAGGCUCAAGAAAUAUACGACAAAAUUAACGGUCUUUCUCUUAAUUUUUCCUUAAAAAAAAAUGAAAAAGGGGAACCACUUGGCUCGGUUGGUUUUAAAGAAAUUUUGAGCGAAUUAGAAAAAAGCGGUUUUCAGUUAGAAAAAAAACAAUUACCAGAUUUUCGUCCGCUCCAUAAAUUAGGAGAAAAUAUGAUAAAA